GGUUGGCUGUAUAAGCAAGUGGUGAGCAGAGACAUAAUUCUAGUCACCACCUGUCCGCGCACAAGCCACAGCCAGUUUCUAUUGGAUUAGUUUGUGACCAACAAAAUGCCCCACAAAAUCCAAAUGACGAGUGAUCAGCUGCGUGACCUAAUUGAAGGGAUUCGCACAGCUGUCAUUAGCGCCGCUGGAUAUGAAGUUGUCGAUGGCUCAGAUUCCACAAUGCAGGGCAGCUUCAUCAAUUGCUUUCAUAGAUUUGGCGGUGCUCGCGACCACCUCGAGGUCGAGGAAUUCAUCAAGAAUAUAGUAACCUAUAAGGAAGUGGAAAACAUAAGUGAUGAGAAAGCAUUGAAGGGCAUAUCGUUGCUGUUCUUCGCCAUUGCCUCCACCUGGUGGAAGGGCGUGCGCAAAGAAGCAAAGACCUGGGAGGAUGCCAUCCGACUCAUCCGCGACCACUUCUCGCCAACCAAGCCCGCCUACCAGAUCUACAUAGAGUUCUUUCAGAAGAAGCAGGCAGUUGAUGAUGUAAUUGAUGAAUUUGUGCUCGAGAAACGCGCACUCCUCGCUCAGCUGCCUGAGGAUCGCCACGAUGAGGAGACUGAAUUGGAUUUCUUGUAUGGUCUGCUGAAUAUUAAGUACCGCAAGCACAUCUCCCGCCAGAGUGUCCACACAUUCAAUGAUCUGCUUGAACAAGGCCGCAUUUUUGAGCAUAAUAAUCAGGAGAAUAAACCAAAUCCACAAUCUCACAGGAGCGGAAGCAGAGGUGGAUGCAGAGGUGGAAGCAGAGGCGGAAGUAGAGGUCGCGGCACAGGCAUUGGUAGAAGCAGAGGCACACGGCUACCUCUCAAUUUGUGUGCAUUUACCUGUCGUUAG